GUGACGCGGCUCUUCGCGGCGGCGAUCGCCGCGGCCGUGCCCGAGGCCGGCGACGUGAGCCCCGGCGUCAUGCGCUGCGGCAACGCGGCCUUCGGCGACUACCAGUGCAACGCGCCCAUGGGCAUCUUCAAGACGCUCAAGGCGAACGGCGUGGCGCGGCUGCCGUCGCCGCGCGCCGUCGGCGAGGCCAUCGCGGCCGCCGUGCCCGCGAACGGCGUCCUCAAGUCCGCGAGCGUCGCGCCCGCGGGCUUCAUCAACGCCCACGUCGAGGAGUCGCUGCUCAGCGCCCACGCGCAGCGCGUCGCGGCGUCCGGCGUCGCGGCGCCGCCGCCCCUGUCGGCGUUCGGCGGGGCGCGGAAGGUGCUCGUCGACUUCUCGUCGCCGAACAUCGCCAAGGAGAUGCACGUGGGCCACCUGCGGUCCACGAUCAUCGGCGACACGAUCUGCCGCGUCCUCGAGUUCUGCGGCCACGACGUCCGCCGCGUGAACCACGUCGGCGACUGGGGCACGCAGUUCGGCAUGCUCAUCACGCACAUGGAGGAGGCCUACCCCGACUUCCUCCAGAACCCGCCGAACAUUACCGAUUUGACGACCUUCUACAAGAACGCGAAGAAGCGCUUCGACGAGGACGAGCAGUUCAAGGAGGUGUCGCGGAAGACCGUCGUCGCGCUGCAGGCGGGCGACGCGCGGUGCCGCGCGAUCUGGUCCGUGCUCUGCGACAUCUCGCGCAAGGAGUUCGACAAGGUCUACGCGCGGUUGGACGUCAAGGUCGAGGAGUUCGGCGAGAGCUACUACAACGCGAUGAUCCCCGGCGCGAUCGGUUUACUGGAAGACGCGGGCCUCGUGAACGCGGAGUCGGGCGCCGCGUGCGUCUUCCUGCCGGGCCACAGCUUCCCCCUGAUCAUCCGCAAGUCCGACGGCGGCUACGGCUACGACUCGACGGACAUGGCGGCGAUCCACCACCGCCUGCGGACGCUCGGCGUCGAGUGGGUCGUCUACGUGACGGACCUCGGGCAGGCGGAGCACUUCCACAUGUGCUUCGAGGCCGCGCGCGCGGCCAAGUGGGACGACGCGUCGGCCCACGUGCGCCUCCACCACGUGGGCUUCGGCGUCGUCCAGGGCGAGGACGGCAAGCGCUUCAAGACGCGGUCCGGCGAGACCGUGCGCCUCGUCGACCUGCUCGACGCGUCCGUGGAGCGCAUGGAGAAGUCGCUGAGCGACCGCGUCGCCGAGGGCAAGUGCGCCCUGCCACCGGCCGAGGUGAAGCGCGCCGCGGCGGCCAUCGGCUACGGCGCGGUCAAGUACUUCGACCUGCACCAGCACCCGUCGACGAACUACAAGUUCUCCUACGACAAGAUGCUGUCGACGUCGGGCAACACGGCCGUCUACCUCCUCUUCGCCCACGCGCGCCUCGCGUCCAUCGUCGCCAAGGCCCGCGAGACGCGCAAGGUCGACGCCAAGGCCGCGGCCGCCGGCGCGGCGCUCGUCCUGACGCAACACGCAAAGGAGCGCGCCUUGGCCUUCGAGCUCACGCAGUUCGCGGAGGUCGUGCUCUCCGUCGCCGACGACUUCCUCCCCGUGCGCAUCUGCGACUACCUCUACAAAAUCGCCACCAAGUUCACGGAGUUCGUCACGGAGUGCAAGGUCCUCGACGACCCGCGCAUGGCCGAGCGCCUCGUGCUCUGCGAGGCCACGGGCGUCGUCAUGCGCAAGUGCUUCGACCUCCUCGGCAUCACCUACCUCAUGCAGAUCUGA